AUGCUCGUUAUAACACGACGCGCUGCCAUAGGCUUUGGCUCUCCUGUGCUGAGCGCUCUGUGCAGCUACACACUCACCGGCAGCGGCAGCAGAAGCAGCAGACUGUGCAACAUGGCCGAGCACUCCUGUGGACAAGUGGUAUUCAACAAGCCAAAGGUUGAGCUGCACGUGCAUCUCGAUGGAGCCAUCAGGGUUCAGACUAUUCUUGAUGUCGCCAGGAGACGUGGUAUCCCUCUGAAAGCAGACACCGUGGAGGAGUUGACAAAGUGUAUUAUUGUGGAGAAACCUGGCACCCUCACAAGCUUCCUGGGAAAGUUCCAAGAGUACAUGCACGUGAUUGCAGGAGACAGAGAGGCCAUAAAAAGGAUAGCCUACGAGUUUGUCGAGGACAAAGCCAAAGAAGGAGUGAUUUACGUCGAAGUGCGAUACAGCCCACAUUUCCUGGCUAACACUAAAGUGGAUCCAAUUCCAUGGGAGCAGAAGGAAGGUGACCUGAGCCCAGACGAGGUGGUGCACCUGGUAAACCAGGGCCUCAGCAAAGGGGAGAGGGCCUUCAAUAUCAAAGCCAGGUCCAUUCUAUGCUGCAUGCGCCACAUGCCAAACUGGUCCAUGGACGUCGUGGAGCUGUGUAAGAAAUAUCAACAAGCAGGCGUGGUCGCCAUUGAUCUGGCAGGUGAUGAGUCACUCAACUGUGAGACUAACCCUGGACACAAGAACGCCUAUGAGGAAGCGGUGCGCUGUGGGGUCCACAGGACGGUGCACGCAGGAGAGGUGGGCCCGCCCUCUGUCGUGAAGGAGGCCGUAGAAGUUCUGAAAGCUGAACGGGUCGGACAUGGCUACAGAACCCUGGAAGACCAGGACCUGUACAAGAAACUGCUGGCUCAGAACAUGCACUUUGAGGUGUGUCCUAUAUCCAGUAAGCUGACAGGCGCCUGCAACCCAGACUUCACCAAGCACCCUGUCAUAACGUUCAGGAAGGACAAAGCUAACUACUCCCUGAAUACAGACGACCCUCUGAUCUUUAACUCCACCCUGCACCUGGACUACAACACCGCGCAUGAAUACAUGGGAUUCACCGAGGAGGAAUUCAAACGGCUGAACAUCUGUUCUGCAAAGUCAUGCUUCCUACCUCAUGAUGAGAAAGAGGAGCUCCUCCAGAAACUGUACGAGGCCUAUGGGAUGAUCCGAAGCACUGCCUUUUAAACCGGACGUGGAAGCCAUGACCUAACCCAGGGACAAACACUCUGAAUCCUUAACCUCGUCACCACCAGGCACCAUGGAAUGUCUUUAUCUUUAAGGGACAUGAAGUCAAUAGAACAAGAUAUCAAAUAUGCUGUUUAUCAUAUGGCUGCUGCCUUCACUUCACUUCACCUACCCGUUCUUCAUCAGUUUGUUUGUCAGUAUUCCACCUCGGUAUUUGGAACCUUUAAGAGUUUACAGUGCAGAUCCAGGGGUGUGUCCGGGUGAUCUGCGAAGUGAAAAUAUACAUCAUACAUGUGUUUAGUGUUUAUGAAGCGUAUUCAUACCGGCCAUUUUCUUCCUACUUCAGGAUCAGGGUUGGAGGCUGAGAGGUUGUAGCUUGUGUAGUGAAUCUGACAGUUAUCAUUUCACCGCUUCUCGAUUCAUGUGGAACUAAAAGAACAACUGACCGUGUCUCAAGGCAAGGCAAGGCAGCUUUAUUUGUAUAGCGCAUUUCAUACACGAGGGCAACUCAAUGUGCUUUACAUUAAAACAUUAAAAGCAUUGGUAAC